UGAGUCCUAUAUAAGUUUGCAAAUUAGAAAAAGCUUGACCUUUAUCCUAAAGCCUCACUCUUGCCACACGCCUCACAAACCAUGACCUCAUUAGGGUUACAAAACGUGACUGGCAUCAAUGUUCUUUUCAAAGAGGGUCCAAAAGUCAAUGCAAAGUUUGAACUGAAGCCGCCCCCAUAUCCACUGAAUGGUUUGGAGCCUGUGAUGAGCCAGCAGACACUUGAGUUUCACUGGGGGAAGCACCACAGGACUUAUGUGGAAAAUCUGAAAAAGCAAGUUGUUGGGACAGAGCUUGAUGGGAAGUCACUGGAAGAGAUUAUAGUCACUUCAUACAAUAAGGGUGACAUUCUUCCAGCUUUCAACAAUGCAGCACAGAUAUGGAACCAUGACUUCUUCUGGGAGUGCAUGAAACCAGGUGGAGGUGGAAAACCAACUGGGGAACUUCUAGAACUGAUUGAAAGAGACUUUGGUUCAGUUGAAAAAUUCCUUGAUGAGUUUAAGGCUGCUGCUGCAACACAAUUCGGUUCAGGAUGGGCCUGGCUUGCAUAUAGAUCAAGCAAACUUGAUGGGGAAAAUGCUGCAAAUCCUCCUUCAGCUGAUGAGGACAACAAGCUAGUGGUGAUCAAGAGUCCCAAUGCUGUGAACCCCCUUGUCUGGGGAGGUUAUUAUCCACUUCUUACCAUUGAUGUUUGGGAGCAUGCUUACUACCUUGAUUUUCAGAACCGGCGCCCUGAUUAUAUAUCAGUGUUCAUGGAUAAGCUUGUUUCUUGGGAUGCAGUGAGUUCUAGACUUGAGCAAGCUAAGGCUUUAAGUGCAUGAUGUUGACUUGGAUGGUGUGAUGUGCAAUGAGUGAAUUAUUUCUAUCUAGAUAAUGUAAUAUGCACAUCCUUUGCACUUUAGAUACAUGUAGUAUGAGGGUUAAAUCUCUUCAUCCUGCAGAUUAUGUUCUAUGAUCAGAAAUCUUGUUUAUGGUUAUCUUUCACUAUGUAACAAUAAGAUUGUUUAUGCAUAAACAAUCAGCAAAACAAUAUUCUAUGAUGUACAACUUUUUCUCAUGACUUAUAUGGGACCUUACCUUCUUGUUUGAUUUAUAAA